AUGAUGGGUUCCUGGAGGACCAUGGAGUACCCAAGGGGGUCCUGGAGGACCUUGAGGCACCCAAGGGGACACGAUGGGUUCCUGGUGGACCUUAGGACACAAGGAGGUCCCCAGGGGACCUCGGGGCACCCAAUGGGACCUGGGGGCACCCAAGGGGGUCCUGGAGGACCUCGGGGCACCCAAGGGGACGUGAUGGGUUCCUGGAGGAGCCAAGGGGAGAUGAGGGGGUCCUGGAGGACCUUGGGGCACGAGGAGGUCCCAGGGGACCUCAGAUCACCCAAGGGGGCACGAGGAGGUCCCAGGGGACCCCGGGGCAGCCCGCGG